AUGGGCAGACAGCUAUUUCUCUCCGAGCGCGAUGAAAAGGCGAAAGAGAAGCGUCGACUCCUUAGAGAGAAGAAUGGCUUCGUCCCCGGAGCACACAAGGAGGAAGAUUCCAUUCGAAACAAAAACAAAAAACUUCCCAAGACAAAGAGGUUGCAUCAAGAGAAAUUCGGUCUUUGGCUCGACUUCACGGCAGAUCCCGAAAAUGGAUAUCAGGAUUACAAAACCUUUGAGGGGUGUGAGGCUCCGAGCCAUGACAUGGUGAAACAAUUCAUUCGGUGGCUUGCAAAAUCUACAUUAGGUCGACUUACCGAGGGCAAAGAGCCAACUGUGAGGUCUGCUCAGGCGUGGGCUGAGCAGUUCUUCGGUGGUUUCGCUGAAUUUACCAAAACCGAAGUCAUUCCAGAGGAUCGAACGGAAGUCUACCAAUGGAUCAGGAAUACCUUGACGCUAGAUAAAGUUGUUGUGAAUAAGAAAAAGCAGAAAUACAACUUUACAAAGGACGACUUUUUGAAAGUCGUCUCCUCGAUAUGGCAAAUUGAUCAUAAGAAAUUCAUUCCUGGGCUGAUCAAAGUUGACAUACUAUUUGCUCUUCAACUAUAUCUUUUCACUGGAGCAAGGGUUGGAAGUUUUAUGCCCUCGGAUGAGAACAAACACCAGAGAGGCCUUCGAUACGAACACAUCGACUUGGUUCUGUUUCCUUCGCGCACCGAUCCUUGGGAAGUGGGAUGGAGGGUCAACCAGGUUUGGCUGAAGAAUAAUCGAGAUUCAGAAUAUACAGUGUUCGGAAUUGGUAUCCGAGAUAGCAGCAAACCGCAGUUCGCAUCUGGCGAGGUCCUCCUCAGCCUUGCACUGGAACACGGCGCUCUUUUUGGGAUUGAAUCUGUAGCGGAUCUGGCACAAUACGACCUGUCAAAUGGGGAAAUUCCACUGCGAUGGAAGAAAGAUUAUUUGUCAAAACCAAUUUUCCGCAACGUUACAGCCGACGGACCUCAAGACAUCCCUCUAACGCAAGGGAGGUUCACUAAUUACCUGCACCAAAUCUUCGUCGCAGCUGGGUAUACCAAGCACCCCACAAUACAUUGUUUGCGUCGAAAUCUGGCAAAGGAGGUUGAACUUUCGCAGAUUCUUGCACAUCGUGAUCCAAACACAUUUCCCGAACAUUAUCAGGCCCAUUGUUCUUCUAUAGACACUGUGUCGGCCAUACUAAAUGAGGAACCACAAUCGCAACACAUUGAGUACUUCCAGGGCUAUGGGCAAUUUUGUGAACCCGGCUUGCCCCUUGAACUGCCAGCGCACAUCAAAGAAAGUAUUUUGAUGCAACCGGAAAUGGUGGAAAUACAAAAUCGGAUUGAAAACUUUGAAAGCUGCAACGAUGAAGUUUCACUUCGGGCAGAGAAGUUGAAUUUACGUGAAUCAAUGGUACGAAAGCGUCGAUUUGAGCUCAAGCAGUAUCAAAGUCAAUGGGUACAAUGGAGAAGAGACCAGAAAAUCCUUAGUCGCGGCAAAGACAAACCGGUCUUAUUGGAAAAUGACAUUUUCACACGAGCUCAGAGCCUAAUAAUGCCGGAGGUAGGGCGAAUUGCAACAGCUAUGGCCCUCACUACUGAGCUUUCCUUUAAAGAGAAACUUCUCUUUGUCCAAGACCUACAGACUCAGUGUUCCCGCGAUUUUGAUGUUGUCUAUUUACCAAAUGAAGAGCCUAUUGAAGGGCUCUGCCCUUCAAAACAUUGUCAGGUCAAUAUUGAAAGCUUGAAGAAAUGUGAACGAAGCGCUCACACUCAUAAAUGCAUACGGCGCGAGAAAGCGAUUGAUUUACAAGUCUCAGAAGCACGAAUGAGAUACUGUUAUGAGUGCAUGGAAUGGUACUUGUCCCAUCAGUGGCGAGAUCAUUGCGCCGAACAUCUCCAGUCAUGGCAAACCCGACACUGUGAAGUAAUCAAAUAUCGUCAUACCGUCAUUCGUCCUGGAUACUGCCCCUUCUGUUUGUCGGACUCAGAUCUUCCAGCCGACAAACGCUUGGAUUAUUGGCCGCGAAGUUGUAACCUGAGAGAACAUAUCGAGAGUCAACAUAUUCCAAAUAUUGAUUGGCCCCUUUCAAAACCAUUAUGUGGAUGUAUCCAAACAUUUGACAGUGAACGCCAGUUGCGAUAUCACUUGCACGACAAGCACGGACUUCACCAAGCUAUUUGGAAAUCCCCAAAACUACCGAGAAAGAGGAAGCGCUCCAGCAGGACUAUAGAGGAAACUUAUUUAACGGAGCCAAUUGAGGAGCAGCCUAAGAAACUCCGCUUUUGUUCCUAUUCAUUUCCAACUCAGCAGUUUGAUGACCAAAUAUUCAGCGAGAAAUUCUUGCCUGCCCCGCAUUCUGAGUCAUUUGCCACAGAGGACCCUCAAAAGGAUUUGUCCAAAAGGCCCAACAGUCUCUGCUCGAGUAGCCGAAGCAGCUUUAAAUCGGGAUUCUCCGCGGUCAAUUCUCCUCUAAGCUCUCGGCCAACGACCCCUGGGCUUGAGGCGAUCGAUCCAAAAAUUCUUGAGCCCAUUGGCUCCGGCAAUGGAAUUGAGCAACAGGCUUGUGAUGAAGCCGCCGCCGGGUUGAACUCACUAAGUCUCUCUACCACCGAUUUCGACACCAAAAAGAUGUCGCUUACUUACACAAUGAGAUCGAAUUCACCUGCCUCAGACCUUGCCUCCGAGCAGCCUGGUUGUGACAUUGACGACGAAGCAAGACAAAGCAAGAAGUCCUCCCGAAAGGAACCGCCCACUUCAGAGCCUCCUAACGUUGUGGACAUUUUAGAAAUUUUUCCAGAAAAAGAUGGGGCCAAAAACGAUGAGGGAGAAUAUGAAGGCAGUCUCCAAGAGAAGGCAAGCGAUCGAAAACCGCGCUGUCAUAUUCCAAUUCAUCUCACCAAGACGAGAUCACAACAGCCUCGGCAUCAUUUGGCUGAACCGAGCCCUCAAAAACUGCGACAGAAACUCUAUGCAAAGGAGAGAAGAAAGAUGCUUGAAUUCAAGAGCCAGAAUCUGACCUUAAGGCAGAUUGGACCCCGCUUCGCAGACAUAGAUACGGCGUUUCUGCGACAGGCCUGGCAGGAUUUAGAGCUUCCCCAGCGAUGCACCAGAUCCGGGGCUAAUCGGAUGGCCCGUCAGAGGUAUGCUCGCUAA